AUGUUGACUCGAAAAUUAUUUGAUAUUCAACCUGUAUCAAAAUAUCUUGUUCGUUGUCACUGGCGUACUGUUCAAUAUCCUGAUUUAAAUCAAAAAGUUAUUACAUUACCUGAUACUCAUGAAGAAAAGAUCGCUUUACCACUUGAACGUCCUCGAUUUAUUGAUGAAUAUUCUACUGAUGGUCCGCCCAUUGGACGUGUCUAUGAAAAAAUUCCGUUUAAAAUGCAAGUUGUAAAAGGACGAGCAUAUUUAUGGUGUACAUGUGGUUGGUCACAUGCACAACCAUUUUGUGAUGGAAGUCAUAAACAUGUUUGGGGACAUUAUUUACACGUAAAAAAUUCACCAAAAUAUCGACCAAUUAAAUGGGUGGCCGAUGAAACAAAAGAUGUAUGGUUUUGUAAUUGUAAACAAACUAAACAACGACCAUUUUGUGAUGGAACACAUAGACUUGAUAUUGUACAGAAACAGGAUGCAAUUAAAAAUUAG